AUGGAAAACAAAUCAACAGAAAGAGAACCGAAAUUAAAGGAAGCUAUAGAAAAUUACAGACAACAAAGUUCAGACAACAGUUUAAUACUACCAACGGAACAUGAUUUAAAAGGAGUUACUCUGGGUUUACUUCGUGUUCAAGAAGUUUAUAGUGUUUCAGCUGAACAAAUGGCAAAUGGUGUGAUAAAUGGAAUAAAAUUUAAUUCGACAUUUUCAGCAGCUGAUUGCUUCGAGGUUGCUCGGGUAUUAGCAAAAGAAAAUUAUCAUUACUACGCCAUAGAAUGGUAUAAAAUGGCAUUAGAACGUUUCGAUGAAGAAGGUUGGCGGGGAAUUCAGCCUGCAAUAAAAAAAAAUCUCAUAGUUUCUAAUCUCGGACAUUCCCUGUAUGCAGAAGGAGGGGCUCAAAAUUUGGCAACAGCAAUUGAAAUAAUUUCUAAAACUUUGAAAGAAAAUUCCCAUGAAAAUGAUUUGGAGCUCACUAAAAAUUUAAAAGAAUAUGUUGAUCAUUUCACAGCUUUAACAUCAAAUAUAAGUACUGUAUCAGAAAAGAUCUUUCCUCAAGGUGCAUUAAAUGUGUAUUCAUUUGAGGAAAUGAAUAUACUAAGGAAGGGUUGUACUGGUCAAUUAAAAAAAUCUCCAUCAGAGGAACGUAAAUUAUUUUGUAAAUAUGAAAAGAAUAAUCAUCCGUUUUUAAUGUUGGCACCAUUAAAAUUAGAAAUUUUGAAUUUUUCACCAUAUUUGGUUAUAUUUCAUGAAGUGCUAUAUGAUUCGGAAAUUGAAAUGUUAAAAGAACUCUCAGCAGAUAGAUUAGUUAGAGCAAAGGUUUGGAAUCCUUCAGAAGGUAGAGCCGAAGUGUCAAAUGUUCGCACUGGUAAAUACUUAUGGAUUUAUGAUGACGAAUAUCCUUUAAUGUCCGUACUAAAUCAAAGACUUAAUGAUAUGACUGGAAUGACAAUGGAAACAUCCGAGGCAUUUCAAAUGAUGAAUUAUGGUAUUGGUGGGCAUUAUGAUCUUCAUAGCGAUGAUUUAAAUGAACCUAGUGAAGAGAAUGAUUUUCAACCAUUUAGUUAUUAUGAAUGGGGAAAUAGAAUAUCAACUGUACUAUUUUAUUUGUCUGAUGUUCAAUAUGGUGGUGGGACUAUUUGGCCCAAAAUUAAUGUAAUCGCUUAUCCUAGAAAAGGAACAGCAGCAUUUUGGUAUAAUUUGAGACAUGAUGGCCAACCUGAUUUCAAGUCACAACAUGCAGCAUGUCCUGUCAUUCUUGGCUCCAAAUGGGUGUGUGUUUGUUGCUGCUUGCAAGAGGGAGACGAUUUACAUUCGUCAAUAACUGCUUUAAAUGCUAUAUUUAAUGUUGAGAAAUUGUUAAUUAAGAGCCUUGCCAAUUAUAUAACCGAUUCAGAACGAAAUAUCAAUUCUUUAAGAAAAUCAAUAAAUGAAUUCGGUCAAAGGCGACAAAAUAAUUCAGAUCAAAUAAAUAAUGAACUUCAUGUACAUAGCUUUCUUAAUUUGCUAAUGUUGAAGAGAAAAUUAUCUAGAAAUAUUACAAGUUUUGAAAAUAAUCGUAAAUUUACAGCAACAGACUUGGAAGGAGCAACUCUUGGUGUAUUACGAAUUCAAGAAAUUUAUGAUAUUCCACCUGCAGACAUUGCUAAUGGCGUUAUCAAUGGGAUAGACUUUGGAACAAAAUUUACUGCAUUUGAUUGUCUUAUGAUGGCGUUGAAAUUAAGAGCAAUGAAUUUUCAUCAUUAUGCAAUACAAUGGCUAGAAAACGCUCUAAAACGCGUUGAAGAGGAAGGCUGGAGAGGAAUAAUACCAGAGCAGGAUAAGAAUGUAAUAAUUGAUCUUCUUUUAAAUACGAAAUAUGAGGAAGGUAGCUUGAGAAAUAUUGAAGAUGCUAUUAAAAUUUCAUUGACGACCUUAAGAGAAAAUUUCAGUCAUUCGGAUGCAUUACAUUUCGCUAAAAAUCUGCUAAUAUUCGUCCAACAAUAUAUUCACCUAAAAUCAAGGAACGAAUCACCUGUAUCUUUAAAACCACCAAGAGGUACCAUAUUUCAAGGAAACUUGUUGGAGUACAAUCUUCUAAAAAAAGGUUGCAAGGGUGAAUUGAAAAAGUCACCUGCAGAACAGCGAAAGCUAUUCUGCAAAUAUGAAAGAGAAAAUCAUCCAUUCUUGAAAUUGGCACCCAUAAAAACUGAAAUAAUGAAUUUGCGACCUUAUUUAACUGUUUCGUAUGAUGUCCUUUACGAUUCUGAAAUCGAAAUACUUAAAAAUUUGUCUUCUGAAAAAUUGGUUCGUGCUAGUGUUUGGAAUCAAUAUAAUGGAACCGGAGUGAGAUCGGCAGUUCGUACAAGCAAGUUAACAUGGCUUUCUAAUGAUACACAUCCAGUAAUUCAUACUUUAAAUCAAAGAGUAAGCGAUAUAUCAGGCUUGUCAAUAGAAUAUAGUGAAAAUUUUCAAUUGAUGAAUUAUGGCAUAGGGGGUCAUUACGAUCUUCAUCCGGACUAUUUUCCUGAUCCUGAAGAAUCUGUAAGAAUUUCGCAGGGCAACAGAAUAGCAACAGUUCUAUUUUAUAUGUCGGACGUUGCUGAAGGAGGUGGAACGACUUGGCCAAAUAUUCAAGUGACGACUUCAGCCAAAAAAGGUUCGGCAGCAUUUUGGUAUAAUUUAUAUGCAGAUGGUGCACCAGAUUACUUAGCUCGCCAUAGCGCAUGUCCUAUAAUAUUAGGAUCUAAAUGGGUAAUAAACAAGUGGAUUCGUAUUAGAGGACAAGAGUUCCGGAGGCCAUGUUUAACUUACCGCGAUCAUUUAACUGGAUCAAAAGAAUAA